AUGCUGCAGCUGUCCGAGGGGGCGUCCUCCAUCGUCGACGGGCGCGACGCGGUGAUCUUCCUGGCGGGCGAGGCGGCGCAGCUGCUGCGGCGCCAGGCCGGCGCCGACGACGAGGCGGCAGCCCCUGGUCUGCGGCCCGCGCCGCACGCUCUGCGGCUGCGGCCCGGCUUCGGCUGGCGCGCGUGGUACGGCGUCAUGCUGCUGCCUCCGGAGGACGCCCCGGUGCGAGGGGAUGCCGAGGACGCGGCAGGCGCCUCGACCUUCGGCGAGAUGUGGAACGCUGCGAGGACGGCCGUGACCAGGCACGGGUCCACGGAGGUCCUUGCCCUCGGCUGCGGCGCGGGCAAGCUGCUGGCAGACCAGCUGGGGGGCUGCUCGGAGGGCCAGAUCGAGUGCUGGAUGACGUGCAUGGACGUCUCGACCCUGACAGACUGCAGGGGCGGGAUGUGGAGUCCCACGGGCGUUGGCGACGUGGCCGCGUUCGAGAGCCUGACGGCUACAGUGCGUGGACGCGGUGACCGGCGCGAAGUGGCCCGACCAGACGGGCAACAUGUGCAACACGUGCCAGCCGGAGUGCACGCUGUCCAGCUCGCAGCCGGCGCCGGCGCCGGCGCCGCCGGAGGAGAGCGGCGGGCUCUGCAGGACGACAUUCGCGGGGACUGGCGUGACCAUGUACAUGGAUGGCUUCAAGAUGACUUCACUGUCACCUGACGAGGCGUGCGUCAAUUUCCUCCUGCGCGACCCUCA